ACACACACACACACACGUGAUACGGUCCUGCGUUGCCAUGACAGCGUGUUUUGUUGAUGGUGGAGCUGAGGCUCAGAUAACUAACAGCUAACGUCUUUAACUCCAGCCGUAGUUUUCUGUCAGUAUAAUUAAAGUUUCCGGAGCCCUGUGAGUCUGCGCAGUGUGUCACGAUGCCGCCGAAGGCUAAAAGCAAGAAGAAGGGCGGGAAUGUGAAGUCUUCCACGGUGGUAGACGGUCUGUCCACGGAGGACAUGUCUAAGGAUCAGCUGGAGGACCACAUCAUCCGGCUCCGGGAGGAGCUGGACCGCGAGCAAGAGGAGAAGAGCUACUUCCAGCUGGAGAGAGACAAGAUCCAGGCCUUCUGGGAGAUCUCCAAGAGGAACCUGGACAAGACGAAGGCCGAGCUGAGGAACAGGAGCCGGGAGAGAGAUGAGGCCGAGGAGCGCCACCGAGUCGAGAUCGAAGUCUAUAAGCGGAAGCUUAAGCACGUCCUGUCUGAGCAGCACAACGCCAUCACUGAGCUGAAGAUGGAGGCCGUCUCUGCGUCCUCGCUGGUCGAGAGGAAGCACGUGCAGUCUGAGAUAGCGCUCCACAGGAACGUUCAGGGUCUGCAGGCGGAGCUCACAGAGAAGAAGUUCCACAUCGAGAGCCACAUCAAAGCGCUGCAGCUGAAACAUCAGACGGAGCUGAUGGAGCUCACCAACCACUACGAGCGCAGGAUCAGAGACAUCGAGGUGAAAUAUCAUAAGAAGAUGCAGAUGAUGAUCCAGGAGGAGAAGAAGAAGCGUCAGGUGGCAGUCGCCGAGCUCGACGAGAGGAUGAAGAGUCGAGAGGCGGCUCUGAUCGAGGAGCACGACCGAGGUCUGCGGAGAGUCGAGGAGCAUUUCACGUCCACUCGGGAGAGACUGCUGGCAGACCAGAGGACGCUCAAGGAGGAGCUCACGGAGGCGCAGAAACAGCAGGCUCAGGUGUCCCGAGAGUUCUCCAAGGCUCAGGAGGAGAGCAGAAGCCUGAAGGAGGCUCUGCCGGAGGCCCAGCGGGAGCUGGCUGAGCUGCGCCGUCGGCUGGAGGAGCACAACCGCUGCAAGGUCCAGAUGCUGGAGAGCCGGGCUCAGAUGAAGGUCAUGGAGAGGGAACUGAGAGAUCUGACACUGGAGCACGAUCUGCUGCUGCAGGCCUCUGAGAAGGUGCAGCAGGAGCGCGACGACCUGCUGAAGAAGCAGAGGGACGCCAUCAUGGACGUGCAGCAGAGGAGCGAGCUGAGGGCGAUGAUGCUGGAGAGGAAGCUGGCGGCGCUAACCGAAACCUUGGAGAAGAAGGAGGCUCAGCUGUGCGCUGCGCUCUUGGCCUCCAGCGCCGACCCGACGGCAGCAGCCAGCGCCGCCAGCAGGCUGGAGGUCAUCGUGGAGCAGAAGCACAACACCAUCGCGUCCUUAAAGGAGGACCUGGCUCAGCAGCGUAAGGGGUACGACGAGCAGAGGGAGGGCCCAAAGACUUGAACCUGUGCAGCAGAUCCUGGAGGGACCGGCCUCCACGACCUUCCAGCAGCUCGGAUUUGAAAAGAAGUUAGACUCUUUCAAAAUAAAACACAUUUCCUCCUGAAGAUGUGACGGACUCUGAAUCGGUCCAUGAAGCUUCUCCAAUAAUGUGGAAAGAAAAUGAAACUUUAUCAUUUUGACUGAAUAUUUCUACUGUUAUUGUUUACAGACCUCACUGCUGCUGCUGAUCUACCAAAACAAACAAAAUAAAGCUUCUUUUGGUUGGAUUUUGAAUUUUUAUUGGUCUGCACUGAAAUGUUUGGUUCUUUUAACUUAAAGACAAACAGCAGGGAUUCACUCAUUCAGAGUGGGGCACCGACCGCUGCACGCUUAACAUGAAUGUGAUCAAUGUGCAGCUGUGAAACACGAGACUGGCAACAAGGAAAGGAGAAACAACAGGAUCCACAUGUCAGCUUUUAUUUAAAUACAUGGUCAAUGUAGAAAAGUCAGUUAUUAGAAACGCCGCCGUCACUGUUUUAUGGUUUUGCUUCACUGAGAACCAAACCUGGAGCUGCGCCUUCUUAAUUGGUCUGCUACUACGGUAACCUCACAGCAGCUAAAACACCCAAACAGCACAAACACGUCCAGAGGUCCAGCUCAGGUGAAGCUGGCAGCUACAGCCAUCGGUGUCACCUUCCACCUGUCAGUCAGAGGCCACGCCCCUAAUCAUGAAAACUUUAAGCUUUUAUACAAUUUAAACAUGGAGGAGGAAAUGAUCCACAGAGCAACCAGUUUGUGUAUCAGGAUGUAAAACUGUGUGAUUCACUUUUUAUUUUAAGCCCAGAAGUUGAAGUUUUAAAGUUUUUCCCAGUCA